UGUUGUGAAAGCUGUAUUAUAUAAGUGUUGAUCAGUCCUCACGUACUCAAGAUGUAGCUUAUGUCACUUUGAAACCGAUCCAUAACCCUUUAAAAUCUCCCGAAGCACCUGAACCAGCCCCUCCUCAGAGACACUGCAGGAGCUCCUGAAGGACCUCUUACAGAGAUUAACGGCUGCUGUGGAGCGGAUGAUGGAGAGGGUUUCCCGUGCAAGUGUGCUUCUGCUGUUCCUCUGUGUUUGUUCUUGUGUUCUGACCGUUUUCUCGCAGUUAAACGCCGGAUCGAGAGCGGCGGCGGGUGCGCCGCGCGCGCGGACGCGAUGGACGAAUAACGGGCGCGUGUUUGAUCUAGUGAGUCGCGGGUCCGAGUUUGUGCCACCGGGCCGAACAGAACCGAACCGACGAUCCGCUGGACCCGUGAUCCCGAUCAGUGACGGUAACAACACGAGCUCAAACUCUCCCACAGAAACAACGGACACUCCGAGAACAGAAGACAUGAUGAUGGGAGAUGAUCCAUAUGAUCCAUAUAAAUCCAUCCGGAACAAUCCACAUAAUAAUCCGUAUUAUAAUUAUUAUGACUCGUACUACAGACCCCGACACAGCACUCAGAGACACCACGGGUACGGAACCAGAUACUUCCAGAACGGUCUUCCGGAUCUUGUGGUGGACCCGUAUAUGAUCCAGGUGUCCACGUAUGUCCAGAGAGUGCCCAUGUACAAUCUCAGGUGUGCUGCGGAGGAGAACUGCCUGGCGAGUUCUGCUGCUAACGCUCGGGACUAUGACACCAGAGUUUUACUGCGGUUCCCUCAGCGGGUGAAGAAUCAAGGAACCGCAGACUUCCUCCCCAGCAGACCGAGAUACGCGUGGGAAUGGCACAGCUGUCACAAUCACUAUCACAGUAUGGAUGAGUUCUGUCAUUAUGAUCUGCUGGACGCGAGCACAGAGAGGAAAGUAGCGAAGGGUCAUAAAGCCAGUUUCUGCCUGGAGGACACGUCAUGUGACCCGGGAUACUACCGCCGUUACGCCUGCACGUCUCACACGCAGGGUUUGAGUCCGGGAUGUUAUGACACAUACAGCGCAGAUAUCGACUGUCAGUGGAUCGAUAUCACAGACGUUCAGCCGGGGAAGUACAUACUCAAGGUUACUGUAAAUCCAGGUUACCAGGUUGCAGAGUCAGACUUCAGCAAUAAUAUCGUCCGCUGUGACAUUCAGUACACUGGUAACGACGCACACGUGUCCGGCUGCACCAUGUCCUCACACUAGAUCAGUGACACACACCGAGACAGAGCGAUGACAGCAUUCACUCCUCGUGUUACACAGCUGUCAGAUCUCAUGGAGAGCAUCUUCUGACAAAUACAAGUCUACAUGUAUUAUGAGGACAGUAUGAACAACCUGAUCUGACAACAUGUGAUCUAUGAGCUCUUCUAUACAGUAUAACGUAAUGUUGUCUUUAUUAGUGUAAGAUAAUGAUGAUACAAGCCAGUUGUAGUCGUAGGACUUUUAUCUUUAUAACGUGCUUCUGUAGGCCAGUAGAAGGACGUGUAAUAUGCAAGAGAGAGAAUAAAGAUGCUACAUUUUAAACUAAAGUUUCAAAAGUCAUUUUCAGAUUUGAGAUGAAUGUUCACUGCAACUGUAAAUGUGUUCCUCUUAAGAGUGCCGCUAAUAUUAUCAGUCUCUUUAGAUUAGGAGGCAAAUAUUACUUGAAUAAAAGCUAUAAGAC